UAAGUUUUGGAACUUUUUUUCUUUCUUUCUUUAAAAUUGGAAACAUGUCUUCAUUACUUUCUUUUCAGCUUCGUCAACAACAACAACAACAGCAUCAGGAGGACCAGAGUGGUAUUCCUUCUCCACCUAAUUCCUUUUGUGGUGAAGAGCAGUCUAAUACGAUACCCAAAAUAGUUGUAGAACGCAGAGACUCUUUGCAGACAGUCUUUAAUGAUAUGUGCAUCAGAGAAUAUUCAGCUUCCUUACCUGAAAAUUAUACAAUCGAACAUACAGCACACCGUAGAGCUUCUCAUGCUGCUUCAACCGCUACAGCAGCUGCUACGGGUGGCUUAACCAUACGCAAUAACCGUAGACAGUCCGAUGCAUUUAUUAAAAGAAAGAAUCGUGGACUUUCAGAGUCUUAUAAUAACGGGCAGUAUAGAUGUAAUGAAUGUGGAAAGUCUUAUAAACAUCCAAACUGCUUGCAAAAACACAAGUGGGAGCAUUCUGAAGAGUGGGAACUUACUAAGAAAUUCCCCUUAACCAAACAUCAGCAAGUUCAAAUGCUCGAAGCAGCAGCUAUUUUAAUCAAUAUGGACCGUAGAGCAAAAGGCCUUAAUGAACAGCAACAAGUAGAUAAGGAAGAAGAAGAAGAAGAAGAAAUAGAAAUAUUUAGAGUAGACGAUGAAGAAGUGAACCAGCAUAUGGUUAAGAUAGAAGAUGAAGAAGAUGAUGAAUCGAUAGUGAUUGAUGACGAAGAAGAAGAAGAGAAAGAAAGGUCGCAAUCACCAGAAAUCUUUAUGGAUGAUAUUUAAUUCAUAUUGACUGUAAAGCAAUAUUUAUUGUAUUGUAUUUUCUUUAAACAACAAUGGUUGGGAAAGAAAAAUCAAAUAUUUAUAUCCCCGCUUAAAGUGUAAGUGUACCUUUAUAUUUCCAAUAAUAAACAGAGAACUCUCGAAACAUGGGCAGAAUGAUAAAAAUACAUGAAAAUACGUGUUCUCUUUCUGUACCCUCUUUUCAUUUCUCCUCUCA